ACGGAAAAAUGCACCAAGUGCCCAGAUGAUCAAUACUCAAAUAAGAAGAGAGUCCAAUGUAUCCAAAAAGUUAUAACCUUUCUGACUUAUGAAGAAUAUCUGGCCAUCAUUCUGACCUCUUUUGCUCUACUAUUAUUCCUAAUCACGGGAUUUAUUUCAAUCAUAUUCAUUAAAUACCGAGAAACUCCCAUUGUCAAAGCCAACAACCGGGAUCUCUCUUAUAUCCUGCUUGUCUCCCUCCUGCUUUGCUUCUUGUCUACUUUCCUCUUCAUUGGUCAACCAGGAAAAGUCACCUGCCUUCUCCGACAAACAGUAUUCAGCAUUGUCUUCUCAGUAGCCGUAUCUUCUGUAUUGGCAAAAACUAUCACGGUGGUACUGGCUUUCCUGGCCACAAAACCAGGAAACCAAAUGAAGAGGUGGUUAGGGAAAAGUUUGGCCAAUUCCAUCAUCUUUUCUUGUUCUGUUGUCCAAGUUAUCAUUUGCUCCAUCUGGCUGGGAAUUUCUCCCCCAUUCCCUGACUCUGACCUCCACUCCCAGCCUGGAGAGAUCAUCCUGCAAUGCAAUGAAGGGUCUGUUGCCAUGUUCUACAUCACCCUCAGCUACAUGGGCUUCCUGGCUGUCAUCUGCUUCACAGUGGCUUUCCUGGCCAGGAACCUGCCUGGGGCCUUCAAUGAAGCCAAGCUGAUCACCUUCAGCAUGCUGGUCUUCUGUAGCGUCUGGGUGACUUUUGUCCCCACCUAUCUGAGCACCAAGGGGAAAUAUAUGGUGGCUGUUCAGGUCUUCUCCAUCUUGGCCUCCAGUGCUGGUCUUCUUGGCUGUAUCUUUAUCCCCAAGUGCUACAUUAUCCUUCUCAGGCCAGACCUGAACACAAAGAAACAACUUACUGGCAGAAUAAAUGUAGAAAUAUGA